AUGGCUGAGGGGCCCUGCACCCUGCCCGGGGCCUGGCGCUGCCUCCCUGCCCCCAGCAUGCUCCCAGCCCUUCCUCAGCAGACGCCCAGCUCUGGAGACAGCGCACACAGGAAGAAGCUGGUCACGUCCCAUGGAGACGAGCUGGAGCUGAUUCGACCCAGCAUCUACCGCAAUGUGGCCCGCCAGCUGAACAUCUCGCUGCACUCUGAGACUGUGGUGACUGACGCCUUCCUGGCCGUGGCUGCCCAGAUCUUUGCCGCAGGCAUCACAUGGGGCAAGGUGGUGUCCCUGUACUCCGUGGCUGCGGGGCUGGCUGUGGACUGUGUGCGGCAGGCCCAGCCCGCCAUGGUCCAUGCUCUCGUCGACUGCCUUGGGGAGUUUGUGCGCAAGACCCUGGUGACCUGGCUGCGGAGACGCGGUGGAUGGACCGACGUCCUCAAGUGUGUGGUCAGCAGCGACCCUGGCUUCCGCUCCCAUUGGCUUGUGACCACGCUGUGCAGCUUCGGCCGCUUCCUGAAGGCUGCCUUCUUUGUGCUGUUGCCGGAGAGAUGAGCCUGGCCCUGGAUCCAGAAGCCCCCGCCCCGCCCCCUGCCAAAACAUCGCCCUCCUCCCUCAGAGCCCCUCUCCUACACCCAGGCCCUCGGGACAUGGGAGCACAGGGCUCCCCUGGGCCUGGAACUGGCCUUUGGUGUUGACCUGUGGCCCCAUCCUGUUGUGCCCCUUCUCCUGGAGCCAGAAGAUCAGGGUUACCUCCCAGACCCUAAAGGAAGGCAGCUAGAAACACCACACUCUCGCCUGAUGCCAGGGUCCCAUCCACGAAGGGCGACCAUGUCAGGACAUUCGGCUGAAGGUGACCUGGGCCUGGCCAAGGCUAGAGGAGCGGUGGGUCUUACUGAUCCCACAAACUGAGUGUAAGGCUCAUGUGCUGUUGCUUAAUCCAUGUCUGGAGGGACAAUGUCCUCAGCUGUGGCUGUGUCCUUGUGUGGCAGGGACCAGGGAGUGGGGCUCCAGGUCGGUGUACCUGUCCUGUGGAUGCAUGAGCUCCUGACCCACCUACAAGGAUGGGGUGUGUGUUUGAUUCCAAUAAAGUGUCACAAGAGUGGAGGGUGA